GCUCGGGUCCAGCCAGCCUGACGUCACAUCACUCUCUCUCUCUCUCUCUCUGACUCUGAAGUUUGGAGUUAAGAAAUGUCUGCUGUCAGUGUCUCGCUCGGCUCAACUUUGCUGUUUUUCAGCGUCUUCGUGGUCGUCUCUGCAGUCCAGAUAAACAUCAUAGCUGUGUCUGGACAGGACGUCACUCUGCCAUGUCGCGUUACAAAUAACAUCACAGCUGUAGAGUGGAGCAGAGCUGACCUGGGACAGAAAAAUGUCUUUUUGUACCAAGAUGGGCGUUUUGUUCCAAACAACCAGCAUCCAUCAUAUAAGUACCGAGUGGCUCUCAGAGGGAUGAAGGAUGGAGACGCGUCUUUGAUCCUGAAGAAAGCGACCACUGCUGACUCUGGAACAUACAAGUGUCGUGUCUUUUUGAGAGAAACAGGCUCAUGGAAGUUCACCAUCAUCAACCUGAGAGUUGAUCCUCCAGUCCAGAUAAACAUCAUAGCUGUGUCUGGGCAGGACGUCACUCUGCCCUGUCAAGUCACAAAUAAGAUCUCAGCUGUAGAGUGGAGCAGAGCUGGCCUGGGACAGAAAAACGUGUUUUUGUUCCAGGAUGGGCGUUUUGUUCCAAACAACCAGCAUCCAUCAUAUAAGAACCGAGUGGCUCCCAGACAGAUGAAGGGUGGAGACGCGUCUUUGAUUGUGAAGAAAGUGACCACUGCUGACUCUGGAACAUACAAGUGUCGUGUUAAAAUAGCAGAAACAGGCUCAUGGAAAUACGUCACCAUCAAUCUGAAAGUUUCUCCAGACCAGAUGAACAUCACAGCCGAGUCUGGACAGGACGUCACUCUGCCCUGUCAAAUUACAAAUAGGAUCUCAGCUGUACUGUGGAGCAGAGCUGGCCUGGAACCGAAAAAUGUCUUUUUGUACCAGGAUGGGCGUUUUGUUCCAAACAACCAGCAUCCAUCAUAUAAGAACCGAGUGGCUCCCAGAGGGAUGAAGGAUGGAGACGCGUCUUUGAUUCUGAAGAAAGUGACCACUGCUGACUCGGGAACAUACAAGUGUCUUUUUGAAAUAGCAGAAACACGUUCAUGGAAAAACAUCACCAUCACUCUCAGUGUUCCUCUAGAACACAAAAUCCUCCCAGCUGAGUCUGGACAGAAAGUCACUCUGACAUGUCGAGCUCCAAACAACAGUAAACGUGUAACAUGGAGCAGGGCUGACCUUAGAGAUAAAUAUGUCCUUUUGUACCAGGACGGGCAUUUAAAUCCAGAUAACCAGCAUCCAUCUUUUAAGAGCCGUCUGACUUUGCAGGACAGACAGAUGAAGGAUGGAGACGUGUCUUUGAUUCUGAAGGAUGCGAACACGGCUGAUAGUGGAACAUACAUGUGCCGUGUCUUCAUGGAGGAAACGCGCUCGUGGAAAUUGCUCAUUAACAACUAUCUGAUUGUCGUUCCUCCAGGUGAGUGAGUAGAGUUGUGUGUGUGUGUGAUCAGAGGUGAAGCUACUUCCUGCUUGUUGAUGUUUGUUGUUGUAUGGAUGAGCUGGUGGGUGUUAAAGUUGUGGCGUCUGUGAGAAAAAUGUCCACAUGAUGACAAAUGGAUGUUGUUGUGCACAAAUCAUUGAACAACACAAACACUUAGAGCUGCUUUCAGUGCUGCCUGUUUUGUUGCUGCACACAUUUCUGAUGGUCCUACAGUCCAACGUAGCAAACGUCUCCCUGAAGCCUCUUCUUAGAGUAAUUUUAAUACUGAUUAUGUUUGUGCAUAUGAAGGUGACACAUAUCUGUGUGGCCUUAACAUCUGUAAUCCAGCUGUGACAGAGACAAAGAAGUGUAAUGUGUUGUAGUUUCAGGAGUCAGUAUGCAGCUACAAAGCUUUUUGUUACACCCCAAAUAGUUGAUUCUGUUCAUCUGGAUGUUGUCAGUGGGAGAAACAUU